GAGUUGGUAACAUUGGCUUGUUUUUGUAAUUUUGUGUGCUAGUGUUCGGAGUAAAUAAAAUAUCUAUUAUUUGUUACUGUGCUCAAUUUAUUUUAAAAUACAGUUUAUCAGUGAUAUUUGAGUGGAUUGAAUUGUUUUAUAACGAUGUCUUCUAUGGAUUCUGACUUCUAGCAGUGAAUUAAAGUGUUUCUGUGCCCUUUCUAGGACGAUCAGUGAAGUGACGCGCCAUUGUUGUACACAAGCCAAGUACGAGCUAAAAAUAAAACUCUAAAGCUUUUACAGCAAUUUAUAAACACACCAACUUUUUCUUAUUUGUAAUGUACCCGCAUCUCACCAGCGCGGCAGAAGAACAGAGGACAAACUUGAUACCGAGUGUGAAGCUUCUUCAUUCAAAGAGGAAAGGCAUAUUUAUACACCCCUCUGCUAUGUACAGAAGUAGUGCACCGUGCACGAAUAUAUGCGCAACAACACCGAACAAUUUGAGAGGGUAAAUAUCGGCAUCGGAAGUUUGUAAAGAUGAAACUCUUAGAAAGUGGACAUCUCGAAGCGCUGAGCAGCGCCCUGUCUAUCCUGAACGGGGACAGCGCUGUUCAAGGCCGAGUGGAGAGCUACAGCUGCAAAAUGGCGGGAGCAGAGAAAGCCUUCUACAAGCGCUUCACGGCAGAUGGAGAAACCACUCACAAUCUUCAAGCUUUGUCACCUCCGGAAGGCAUGUUGUAUAGCCGAAGCCUGUCAGGUGAUGAAGAAGGAGUACUCUGUGAUACAAUAUCUCGGAAAACUUUAUUCUAUUUGAUUGCCACACUGAAUGCUGCCUUUCCAGAUUAUGACUUUUCAAUGGCCAAGAGCAGUGAAUUCAGUGCGGAACCAUCUCUGAGUUGGGUGCAAGGUGCUGUGGAUGCAGCCCUGUCUGCUGUAGGCGGGAUGAGGUGGCGGCAACUCAGACCAGCUCUGUGGGCUGCUAUAGAUGAAGAGGUGCUCUUGCCAGAGUGCCGUAUAUACAGCUACAACCCAGACCUGGCCAGUGACCCAUUUGGAGAGCCUGGCUGUCUAUGGACGUUCAACUACUUCUUUUACAACAAGAAGCUGAAACGCAUUGUCUUCGUCACAUGUAGAGCGAUGAGCCCUGUGUGUGCUGACUCUGGCGUGGACUUUGCUAUGGACGAAGAUGAGGAGUAUAACUGAAGAUUAUUUUUUAUUUCUCUUAUUUUUCAAUAUAAUUUCAUUAAUAUUUUUCUUAUAUUGCUAUUAUAGAUUAUAGAUGCAACACGUAAUUAAUCAAGAAUAACAUAACACAAAAAAAGAAAAAAAAAAUGUCUUAAGAUUAUUGUAGUGUUAACAGAAGCGACGGUCAGUCUAGAUAAUAUUUGUUUAAUGUCUAAUGACCAACAUUAAUGUUAAUGUCUUUUUCGUUAUGGUGUUUCUGUAGGUACUCUUUACAUUAAAUAUUCAUAUAUAUGUUUUUGUCAUAGAUUUAAGGAAAACAUUAUUUCACUUUUCUCAACUCACUUUUGAACAAUAUUAACACAAUAGAAGCUAUAUUCAACAUUAAAAAUAUGCCUGUAUAUAUUAAUGUUUAUAAAAAUAAAUAGAUUAUUAACAAAAGGCAAAUACAAAAUAAAUUAAUAUAAAUAAAUAAGUGUGAAAAAGCGUCACUCUAUUGUUAUAUGUAUUAUCAUUAAUAUUAUAUUUUUGAGGUACUGGAAAGUUAUAUAUCUUUAUUAAAUAUUAAUUACUUGACAAUUAUAAAAUUAGUUUAAUAUAUUCGUCACAAAAUGUUUAAAAGAAUAAAAAAAAAAUGUCAUUUUGAAAAGAGACUAUUUAUACAAUGUGUUUCUUCAAAAUUAGUCUAUGACGAACAGAUCAUAUCAUUUUAAAUUGUUCAUAAAAUGUAAUUGGUAUUGUUUGUUCCGCCUUAUCCCUUUCUGUUCAAUAACUGACUUAGUAUUAUGAUAGAAAUAACUUCUGUAGGUACAUAGGAAGAUGUUUUUUAUUUUUUAAAAUAUUUAAUCUAUGCAAACAAAACUUUAUAUUGAAGGAUCUCUGCACAAAAUUUUUUUUAGAUAUCUAAGAUAUAAGUGAUUUUGUACAGCUCAAUAGUGAGGUGUUAUACCUAGAGUAUAAUAUUAUGUCGUAUUUUUUUAAUUAUAAGGGCCGAUUUCACCUCGUCUAAAGUUUUUGAUAGUCUUAAGACUGUUGUUCAUGUCACUUUCUUGCUUAUGGUCAAAUGACAAAGACUACAUUUUUGGAAUUCACUAAUGUCAUGUUUUUUUAACAAUAUUACUACAAGAAUUGGUCUUUGUGGUGUAGGAUUCAAGUUUUUAUAGCACUGAUCAGACUAUAUGCUAACUUCGUCAUUUUCACUAAAUAAAAGCCAUUGCAUAGUUUUCCAUAGAAAACGUAAAUAGGCUUUGUUAACUUUUUUUUAAAAGGCUAAGUUAGUUAAUAACCCCAGCAGAUACAAAAUGUCAUUAUCUCCAGGCUGGAAAUAACAUCUCACUGAGUUCAAGUUGGUUUAUAACUAUUAACUCACAUUGUUGAAAACGAAAUGUUAAAGUUUAAGAUUUCUGAAAAACUAAUCUUUUGAUUGUAUUUUACCUUAUAGCAUAGCAGGAUGUUUACAACUUGAGUAUUUAUGUAAUUGAAAAAAAAAACAGCGCAAAAACAUAGCAUCUAAUAUGCAAUUCCCAUACACUUUCACGUGUUCUUUCAGGGUUGCCAUAGUAAAAUAGUUAAAAAAUUUGCUUUUCAUUUCAAUUUAUAAACAUCCUG